UUUCAAAAUAAUUUAUCAAAUAUCAAAUUCAUCUCGAUAAAUCUUAUGGUCUGCAAAUUCCAUUUCAAAAAACAGCUCCAUUUCACUCCAAUCCUUUAUUCAUUUGUUGCUCAAUGCUUCUCUAACUCUUCUCAUCAACCCCAUCCAUGGAGCAGACUCAGAGCUUCUGUAUCAGUCCCUGAUCAAACCCUUUUCAGGGACCCUGACACUGUUCAUUUGUUUUGUGCCAAUGCCCUUAAAGUCUCUGCCAAAAGGGCUUUUCUUCCGGAAGGAAAACAGUUACAUGCCCAUUUGAUAAAGUUCGGAUUUUGUCAUGUGCUGUCCUUACAAAAUCAAAUUUUGAGUGUUUAUCUUAAAUGCAAGGAAAUUGAAGAUGCAGAUAAACUAUUUGAUGAAUUGCCUGGCAGAAAUGUGGUGUCGUGGAACAUUAUGAUUCGCGGUGUUGCCGGACGCGACAAUGAAAACGACUCGAGUGCACCACUGUGUGUUUCUUAUUUUAAAAGGAUGCUGUUGGAAAAGGUGGUUCCAGAUUAUGUAACUUUUAAUGGCCUUAUUGGUUCAUGUGUUCAGUUUCAUAACAUUGGUGUGGGUAUCCAGCUGCAUUGUUAUACAGUGAAAGUGGGAUUUGAUUUGGAUUGUUUUGUUGGUUGUGCUCUUGUUGAUUUAUAUGCAAAAUGUGGCUUAGUUGAGAAUGCAAGGAGGGCUUUUUGUGCUGUUCCAUGUAGAGAUUUGGUAAUGUGUAAUGUGAUGAUUUCUUGCUAUGCCUUGAAUUGUUUACCUGAAGAGGCUUUUAGCAUGUUCAACUUGUUGAGAAUGGAUGGUGCAAAUGGGGAUGAGUUCACUUUUAGCAGCCUGCUUAGUGUAUGUGAUACUUUGGAAUAUUAUGAUAUUGGGAAGCUGGCUCACAGUCUUAUUCUGAGACAGGCAUUUGAUUCAGAUGUUUUAGUGGCUAGUGCAUUGAUCAACAUGUAUGCCAAAAACGAAAAUAUAACCGAUGCACGCGGGGUAUUUGAUGAAAUGCUGAUUCGAAAUGUUGUGGCAUGGAACACCAUCAUUGUUGGGUGUGGGAAUUAUGGAGAUGGGAGUGAAGUUCUGAAGCUUCUCAGAGACAUGCUUCGUGAAGGGUUUUCCCCUGAUGAAUUGACUAUUUCCAGCACUAUUAGUUUGUGCGGCUAUGCUUCUGCCAUAACCGAAACACUGCAAACUCAUGCCAUUGCAGUUAAAUUAUCCUUUCAAGAAUUUCUAUCCGUUGCCAAUUCUUUGAUUAGCGCCUACUCCAAGUGCGGUAACAUUACUAGUGCAUUGAAAUGCUUCAGAUUAACAGAAGAACCUGAUCUUGUUACAUGGACUUCAUUAAUACAUGCAUAUGCAUUCCAUGGUCAAGCCGAAAAAGCUACUGAAAUGUUUGAGAAGAUGCUAUCUUGCGGCGUAGUACCUGAUCGAGUUUCGUUUCUUGGUGUUCUCUCUGCUUGUGCCCAUUGUGGGCUUGUAACAAAGGGACUUCAUUACUUUAACUUGAUGACCAGUGUGUAUCAGAUAGUUCCUGAUUCAGAUCAUUACACUUGCCUUGUUGACCUUCUUGGACGAUAUGGUCUUAUAGAUGAGGCUUUUGAAUUGUUAAGGUCUAUGCCUGUGGAAGUUGAAUCAGAUACGUUAGGAGCAUUUAUUGGAUCUUGCAAACUCCAUGCAAAUAUAGGACUAGCUGAAUGGGCUGCAGAGAAGCUCUUCAUCAUUGAGCCAGAGAAAAGUGUAAACUAUGCAGCCAUGUCUAACAUUUAUGCUUCUCAGAGAGAUUGGUGUGAUGUGGAAAGAGUUAGGAAAAUGAUUGGAGACAAAGGUGAUGCAAAAGUCCCAGGUUGCAGCUGGAUUGAGGUUGCUAAUCAAGUUCAUUCAUUUGUAUCCCGUGAUAAGACCCAUCCUAAAGCUUUAGAAAUGUAUGCUACAUUAAAAAUGUUACACGUGUGUUUGGAUACCAGUUGUUGGCUGUAACUUAAAAGGAAUUUUAUCCCAAUUUACAUAAAGAAUUUUGUUCAUUUUCAUGUAUCCAAAUCACAUGAUCUAAAUCAGCAUGGAUUAUCCAAAUGCUUUGCUUUGAAA